AUGUCUCGCGCGCCAAGUGCGAGCUUCGCGCAGUUCUUCCCCUCUGCUCCACGGGCGGCGAAGAACAAGGCCCUGGAGCGGGAGAAGGGCAAAUCCUCGCUGGCUCAAGAGCUUCCCAGUACACGGCCUGCCGCUGACACGAAGCUGGUCCUGCCCAAUUUCAGCAUGAGCGAUGCCCCCCCUUCUCGCCCCGGCGACGAAAACAUCCGUUCCACCACGACAGAUAUAGCACAUACAUCCGCGGAAGAAGGCGAUAUCCUCAAUGGUGUGGGGUCUGCAAGCUCGCACUCGAGCACUGUGUCCUCUGUCUUCAGCUCCGCAGCCCAGCACAACACCGCAGCCAAUGCCACCAACCACAACUUCAGCACGACGCCCAUGACGAACAUCGAUUCUUCUCCAAAUCGUGUCGCGAGCCCCUACAAAUACAAGUCAGCCGCGGCUGGCUCGAGUUCGACUGGUGCCCCCAGCGAGAACCACAUAGGCCAAGAUGGCGUCCUACACCAACAUAUCGCUGCCAAGGCAGAGGAACAACCUCCCGCAGACCCUCGCACGUACGCGCGAAACCCCAGCAAGGCCGUCAAAGGCAAUGUCUGUACCUACGACCCCAACCUUGAUCGAAAAACAUCGUCGAAGGAGAGGAAGCACGCGAAACCCAUAUACAAGGAUAUAGGCUUGGAUGAUGAUGACGCCCCCCCAGCAGAUCCGCGGUUGGCGAAGAGAGGUGGCAAGCUGGACUAUAUCAAUGUUGAUUUCCACAACCCCCAAUCCCGUUUACGGCACGCGCCAUACUUGGUCAAGCCCUACCGGUUCGACCCCAAGACCUCCCUCGGCCCUGGACCGCCUACCCAGGUCGUUGUGACCGGCUUUGAUCCCCUGCACAACUUCUCGAAUGUCGCUGCGAUAUUCUCGACUUUUGGAGAGAUUGCGGAGAGUAGCAACAAACUCCACCCAGAGAAUGGCAGCUGCUUGGGAUUCGCAACCUUUCGCUAUCGCGACUCGAGAGGCUUGAUCGCUGGUCGGUUCGUUCCUGCCAUUGAGGCUGCCAAGACUGCGGUCCUCACUGGGCCUACCUUGCGCAUUGGUUCCAAUCUUGUCCGCGUCGAGUUCGAUCCCGAAGGUAACAAGAGUAGACGCAUGAUGGAGAAUCUGCUGAAGGCCAACAAGCUCGAGCCUAUUCCGCAGAUCAAGGCGAAUCCAGCACCGGCACCAAAGACUGUCGAGGCCGCCAAAUACUCUGGCCCACCUCCUACAGCCCCUAAAGGUCCUGCAUCCUCGAGACCGGUGUACCGACCCCAGAUGAUGGCCGCGGCACACGCCAUUGCCCCUGUUGGAAAGCCGAGGCCUGCACGAGUGAUGCAGAGUACCGAGCCGGUCGCCGACACACUUAUGCACCAACCGUACCUUUUCGUGGCUGCAGAGUCAGUUCCGGUGAUGCCAACAACUCCCCCCCACAUGCUGAAGCGCAUGAGACACUUCCAACCCGAAGAUAUCAAGAUGGACGUCACUGGGUACUAUAUCGUCUUUGCGAAUAAUUCUUGGGGGAGGAAUGAUUGCGAAAAGUGCUUCAGGACUCUCAACCACACUCUCAUGUUCAACUACCCGAUGGUCAUGCAACCAUUUCCAUUCGGUACUUCUGGAAACCGUUCGGCUGCGCGAUACACCGAGCCCGUUCGGAAGCGCAGUCGCAGCCCUGCAAAGCAAGACAAUGACGCCUGGGAAAGGAGGGCUGCCCUUGCGCGGAAGAGGGAAGAGGAACUGGACGUGGAGGAGGAGAGAAAGGAGCGGGCCAUGAACUUUGAUCCGUCGAGGGAAGCAAUCGAGGUUAUCCGCAGGGACCUGAAGACUCAGCUCUUGAAGAACAUCCGGACCAAGACAGCAGCCCCUAUCUUGCACGAGUACCUGGACCCACUCAAGCAUCUUGCAAAGAGACGGAAGUUGAACAUCCCAGACCCAAAGGAUAUGAGACUCGAACUCAUCCACGAAGACGACGAGGGAGAAGAGACCUCUUCUGCCGGAACGCCAAAUUUCCAGAAUGAGGGCAAGGACCGCCGAACCACUGCUCCUGGAAAGAUGAGUAUCUCUGCACUUCCUCGCAUUCGGAAGGCAAAGGCUGGAGCGAAGCUUAAUGUUGGUUUCAAGGAUCCUUUCGGAGCCAGAGCCCGUCCGGCAGCCAAGAAGACCGCAUACAGACCUCUCAUGCAUCGCUUCAUUUACAGUGAUGACGAAGAUUCGGACGACGAUGCUGAAAAUCGGUCACGUGUUGUUGAUACAGAGGAACCUGAUUCGAGAUCCCGAAGCAGAGUGACUUCUGAGGAGGUGGAUUCUUUGGAAGAUGCGUUGAAAGGAAGUGCUGGUAGGGGCGAUGUCGAGUCGGUCGAUACUAGAGAUGACGACUCCAUGAGCGAGGUCAGCGUUGUGGUCACUGAUGUGGCUCCGACGUCCAAGAAGCGAAAGCUCGAUCUCCAAAUCGAGGCUGCUUUGAAGCGCCAAAAGAAGACGGAUGAGGAGCUGUUUGGUGUUGCCAAAGACAAGAUCGACCAGGAGUUUCCCCUCUCUGCCAGCACCGCCGACGGCGAGUCUGGCAUGCGCAACAUCGACAGCAUUCUUCAAGAAUCCGAAGCGCUGGCUGAGAUUGCCGAGAGUAAGAAGAAAGCCGCCGCCAGCAAGAAGAAAAAGAAGUCCAAGAAGCAGAUCUUCGAAGAGCGCGAGGCACUCAAGCGUGAGCUUGAGGGUGUGGAAGCUGACGACCAAGUCUGCCCACCCAGCGAGGCUCGGGAGGAAGAUGACGAUGAAGAGUUUGUCACAGAGACUGCACCUGUUGAGACAACGGUUGAGUGGGGCAUGUCUGCUGAGAUUCCACGACCUACCGUGGAUGACGACUUCAGUAAUGUCAUUGAUCUGAACGGCCUUCAAAAUCUCAUCAAGGAUGACGAGGAUACUCCCGCGGCCACUGCCCUUCUCAAGGAUACUGCCAAUUUUCGAAAAGGUUGGGCAAAGCCUUGGGCUUGGAAGCAAGAAGACAUCAAGGCACUCAACCGCAACGGCUACAGAGGGCUUGUUACUACCGACACUACCAUCCAAGGCUACUACGUCCCUAACGCCACUGGGUGCGCUCGCACUGAAGAGUUCAAGAAGAUACUCAAUUCCGAGAAGUCUCUCUACCUCCCUCAUCACAUCAAGGUGAAGAGGGCACGUGAGGAACGCCAAGCACAAGCUUCUCGCGCUGGUCGCGAUCCCGCCGCAGAGGCUGCUCUGGCAGCUAAGUUAGUUGCCGAGAAGUCGGUAGCCCGAGGCAACUCUCGAGCCAACCGUGUCACGCAACGUCGCUACGCUACCGACGUCAAUGAGCAGAAGAAGAACCUCGGCGGCGACGUCGAUGUCCUCCGCUUCAACCAGCUGCAAAAGCGGCAGAAGCUUGUCAACUUUGAACGCUCCGCCAUCCACAAGUGGGGUCUGUUCGCCAUGGAGAACAUCAACCAGAACGACAUGAUCAUCGAGUACGUGGGUGAGAAGGUGCGCCAAACCGUCGCUGAUCUCCGCGAGCACCGCUACCUCAAGAGCGGUAUCGGCAGCAGUUACCUGUUCCGAAUCGAUGAGAGCACUGUCAUUGAUGCGACGAAGAAGGGUGGGAUUGCACGAUUCAUUAAUCACAGCUGUAUGCCUAACUGCACGGCGAAGAUCAUAACGGUGGAGAAGGGCAAGCGGAUCGUUAUCUAUGCGCUGCGGGAUAUCGCUCAGAACGAGGAACUUACCUACGACUACAAGUUCGAGCGUGAGAUUGGCAGUACGGACCGUAUCCCCUGCCUCUGCGGCACGGCAGCGUGUAAAGGAUUCCUCAACUGA